ACUAAGAAAUAUGUGUUAUUAUCAGUUAGGUCUUGUGUAAGUUUGUGCAUGGUCAGAAAUCUCUUAGGACAGAGGAGGCUGAACUUUGUUAAUUUUUAAUAAAUGUGUCAGCUGACUCUCUUCCAUCUCCUGAUAAAGAUGAACUUUCUACCAGACUGCACCAGAAGACGUUCAUGGCUGUAAAGAUGCGUGGGAUCUUUUGUGCACUCGCAGCACUGCUGCUGGCUGCAGCAUGGGCAGACCACCAACACCACCAUGGCUCUGAUCACAGCCACGAGGGAGAGCUGAGCUACCACAAGCUGUCGUCUCCCAAUACUGACUUUGCCUUUGCCCUCUACAAAAGUCUGAAUGCCCACACUGCUGCUGGAAAGAACAUCUUCUAUUCGCCACUGGGCAUCUCCACCGCCCUGUCCAUGAUGUCUACAGGGGCCGGUGGUGAAACCCACAGCCAGCUGUUCUCCAGCUUGGGCUACAGCACCUUAAACCAGACUCAGGUCAAUGAAGCAUACGAGCAUCUUUUCCACAUGCAUGGACACAGCCAGGGGGAUCAACGGCUGGAUGUUGGUAACGCCGUGGCUGUGCGCUCUGGCUUCACUCCUCUGGAGAAGUUCCUGAACGAUGUCAGGCACUACUACUCUGGUGAGGUCUUCAACGUUGAUUUAACCAAACCUGCAGAGGCUGCAGCUGAGAUCAACAGAUUCAUUGCUAAUAAAACCCAGGACAAGAUCAAAGACAUGGUGAAGGACCUGGACCCUGAUAUGGCCAUGGUGCUGAUCAACUACGUCUACUUUAAAGCACAGUGGAAAUCACCCUUCAACAGUGACAAUACACACAAGGCGGACUUCCAUGUGGACAAGACCACUAAAGUUCAGGUGGACAUGAUGAUGAGGACGGGUUACUACGACACCUACUGGGAUGUUGACAACCACACCACUGUCAUCAAGCUGCCCUACAAUAGCAACACCACCAUGAUGAUCGUCCUGCCUGAUGAAGGCAAGAUGGAGGAGGUGGAGGGCUACAUCAACAAGGACUAUAUCCAUCACUGGUGCAAGUCAGCCUCCAUGAGAUAUGUGGAUCUGUUCCUGCCAAAGUUUUCCAUCUCUACUGAUGCCUCCCUGAAAGACACACUCAAGGAAAUGGGUAUAACCGACGCUUUUGAGGACAACGCUGAUUUCUCUGGCAUGUCUGAAGAGUUCAAGCUCAAAGUCUCAAAGGUGUCCCACAAGGCUAUGCUGAGUGUCACUGAGAAGGGAACAGAGGCAGCAGCCGUCACCAUAGCUGAGAUAACACUGACGAUGUUGCCACCAUCAGUGAGAAUUGACAGACCCUUCCUGGUCUUCAUCAUGGAGACCUCCACCAAGAGCAUCCUCUUCAUGGGCAAGGUCAACAACCCCACAGCCAUGUAAAGAUAAGAA